AUGUCAUUUCGGAAAAGAGGAGAGGUGUUGGGAGGCGGACCGGUUCCAGUGCGUGGUCCACAAGGCCCUAUCCCGAACAGACAAGGCAGUGUUCCGAACAGGGGACCACCUGUUACACCAACGUCAUCGAUUUCUAGAAGGGGUCCAACUGUAAAACAAACUCCGACUACUACACCAGAAGUAUCUAUAUUAGACAGCCCUGCAGUGAGACCCUCAUUGAUUACUUCCCAGCCAACUAUUUCCACUGGAAGCUCAGAUUUGGAUAAGAUUUUACUACAUCAAGGUUUACCGUUGGGUCACUCAUUGCUAGUGGAAGAGUCUGGUACAACUGAUUUUGCGUCAGUAUUACUACGAACAUUUGUCUCGCAAGGUAUCAUCCACAACCGGAUUGCACCUAACCAACUCAACUCGCAUGUCAUUGUGCUAGGAUUGAGUCCGCUUUGGUCAAACGAUUUGCCAGGACUCUACAAAGGCUCCUCCAAGGAUCAAAAAAAGGCCAAGAUCGCUGAAAAUGAGUCUAAGGUGAGUGUGUCAAACAUUGCUCACGGCUCCAAUGUUGCACGAAAUGACCUGAAGAUGAAGAUUGCUUGGAGAUAUGGUUUGAAUAAGAAAGAGGAUGCCAAAGAGAGUGAGAGCGGUGGAGCUUAUGAACAUUACAAUAACCAAUUCGAUAUCACGCAAAAGUUACAGCCUGGACCUAACCCACAAGACAUUACCUAUGUGGCAUUGUCGAAUACUGUUGCGGGUAUAAUUAACCAGCUCACAAGCGUUAUAAAGACACAGCUCAAGAGUAACCCUUCAAAAGUGAUUAGGCUCAUCAUCCCCGGAUUUUUAAACCCAUCAAUUUAUCCACCCUCAUACGCGGCCUCAACUUUUGUGUUUCCGUUAGUGCAUUCACUUCGAUCCUUGCUCCGCCAGUUUGAAAACAAUCUUGUACUUAUUGGCUCGUUGCCACUUGAUUUAUAUCCAAGGGAUACCAGCUUGACGGCAGUAUUGGAAAUUUUGUUUGAUUCAGUUAUUCAUCUUCAACCAUUUAAUCAGGAAAUGAGUCAAUUGAUUGAGAAGGCGUACAAGAACGAACCAUCAAAGAUACAACAGGGAUUGGUUAAUAUCAUAAAACUUCCUGUGCUAUCAGAGAGAGGGUUGAUGAUGAUACAUGAUGGGGAGUUUGCCUUUAAGAACGGACGAAAGAAGUUUGAGAUUGAAGAGUGGGGUAUUCCAGUGGAAGAUGAUUCAAAGGAGGAAAAUGAAACACCAGAGGGAGGAAAAACUGCUAAAAACAUUGACUUUUGA